AUGCCCGGUUAUGAAGUUAGUGGCUCGGAUCUCGAAUGGAGUAGCUUCAUGGACAGACUACAAGAAGCAGGAGCUCGUUUGUGUACCGGUCAUUCGGUGUCGAAUGUGCAAAGAAGAAUUGGCUCAAGGUUGCCCAAUGCCGUAGUUAUUUCAAGCGCUGUUCCUCAAAACAAUGUAUAGAUUUUACACGCAAAGACUGUUGGAGUACCUGUAUACAAGCGAGAUUACUGGUUGGCAAAUCUGACACAGCACCACAAGCUAAUAGCUGUAAGUGGUAGCCACGGGAAGAGUACAACUGCAGCUAUGCUUGCUUCCGUUUUAAAUGCAAUGGGUGAUGAUCUUACGGCUAUAGUUGGAGCAGAUGUGCCGCAGUUCCCAGAUGGUAACGUUAUCUCAGGAAGCAGUGAAACAUUUGUACUAGAGGCUGAUGAAUAUGAUGGUUGCGUCUUGAAAUUAUCACCUUAUACAGCCGUUGUUACGAAUCUGGACUGGGAACAUGUGGAUAUUUUUCCAAAUGAGGAAGCAGUUAAAACCACUUUUAGGACAUUCCUGAACCGAAUCAGGAAGAAUGGGCAUCUCAUUAUAUGCGGGGAUAGUAAGGGUGCAUGUUCCUUGCUAAAUCACAGUAAACAAGCAAUUGGAUCAGAUGCUUUGGAGGGUGCAACAUCAGUUCUAAGCUCAAAACAAUUUGGCGAUAGCUAUAACAUAACAACUUUCGGAAUUGCAAGUUCUAAUGAAUGGCAUGCGUCAUCAAUUCAUCAAAACUCAGAGGGUGGUAGUGAUUAUACACUGUGUCAUUGGGGCUGUCCAGUGGCAGACAUCAGUCUACAGAUUCCAGGGAUUCAUAAUGUCCUCAAUUCAUUAGCGGUCAUUGCCGCGGCGGUGACAAUGGUUGGAAAUGAAAGACAAGUUUAUCAUACAGUCAAUCGUUUGAGAUUGCACUUACAGAAUUUUGGAGGCAUUUCAAGACGUUUUGAGAUGAUUGGCAGUAUAUGCUGUUGCCAUAUAGUUGAUGACUAUGCUCAUCAUCCCACAGAAAUCCGUGCAGUUCUUCAAUCAGCACGGCAGAGGUUCCCCUACAAGGCUUUGUUGGCUGUGUUUCAGCCUCAUACUUACAGUCGUCUAGCAGCACUAAAGGAUGACUUUGCCAUUGCCCGUAGUGACGCGGACCAAGUUGCUUUAACAAGGGUUUAUGCGUCUAGAGAAACAGACAGUUGGAAUGUCAAUGGAGAUGAGUUAUCUAAUUCGAUAAUUGGCCCCCCAUCUGAAUACAUUCCUUCGCUGAUGAUGGUUGUUGAGGAAGUGCAUGACCAAUUAUGUGUUAUGUUCUGCUAUUCGUUUUAUUCUUGGGGAAUCCCUUUGCUCCAUUGCUGA